UAUGUCACCAAAAAUCUUCUAUAUAAACUCGCGUUGGCUCUACGUGAAAGCCCAGAGAGACAGAAACCCAUCAGUAUAAUCGACGUUUUUAUUAUUAUUAUAGAAUACUAUCUCCUCACAAUUCUUUCUUUUUGAUCUUUUGAUAUGGCAGAUAAUGAUUCGCUUGCCCGGUUCUUGGACACUGCUGUUGUUGCAGCUAAGAAGGCUGGCGAGAUAAUCCGUGAGGGGUUCUACAAGACCAAGCAUGUGGAGCAUAAGGGCCAGGUAGAUUUGGUCACAGAAACUGAUAAGGCAUGUGAAGAUCUAAUAUUUAAUCAUCUAAAGGAGAAUUUUCCCACACAUAAGUUCAUUGGAGAAGAAACAACUGCUGCUUGUGGUUUCUCUGAGUUGACUGAUGAACCCACUUGGAUUGUUGACCCCCUUGAUGGAACAACUAACUUUGUGCAUGGGUUUCCCUUCGUGUGUGUCUCUAUUGGUCUUACUAUUGGAAAGAUUCCUACUGUUGGUGUUGUUUAUAAUCCAAUAAUGGAUGAGCUUUUUACUGGUAUCCAUGGACAAGGUGCUUUUCUGAAUGGCAAGCCUAUAAAAGUGUCAUCUCAAAGUGAACUUGUGAAGUCUCUCCUUGCAACAGAGGCUGGUACAAAGCGUGACAAGGCAACUUUGGAUGCUUCUACAUAUAGAAUCAAGAGCUUGCUUUCAAAGGUGCGAUCCCUUCGGAUGAGUGGUUCCUGUGCAUUGAAUCUUUGUGGAAUUGCCUGUGGAAGGCUUGAUCUGUUUUAUGAAGUUGGUUUUGGAGGUCCAUGGGAUGUGACAGGUGGCAUUGUGAUUGUCCAAGAAGCUGGAGGAGUUGUAUAUGAUCCAUCUGGUAAAGACUUUGACAUCACUGCUCAACGAGUUGCAGCUUCAAACCCUUCGCUCAGGGAAGUGUUUGUUGAGGCUUUGAAGCAAUCAGAAUGAAAAUCUGGAAGUUAUCUCUUGGCUUAUAUGAUCAAGUUCACCCUUCUCUUGGUGUGUUCUUGAUCCCUCUAUGUAGUUCUAAUCAAGAGCCAUUUUGUUCAGAGUGAAAUUUUAAUGAUUCUCAAAAAUUGCCCUUAUUUGUAGAAUCCAUUUGAAUCAGACAAGUCACAGUUGUUUGCAAUACAAAAAUUGCUCAAAAUUUUUGCAUAA